AUUGCCAUUUUCUAGGGUUCCAAAAAUCUUACUGAUAAUUUGGAGAUUUUGCAGAGGAGCCAAACUACGGUUAGCCUUCGAUGGGGAAGGGGAAAAGGAGUUCGACCAUUGUAAUUUCAUCAUCCGAUGACGAUGAAGUUAAAGAUAAAACUAGUGUCAGAUUAUCGAAAUCAGCUCCACCUCGGAAAAACCCUAAAAGAGCUAAGAAGCUUACAGUCUCCAGCUCUUACUCAUCGCCAUUUCAGAACUCCAGCGCCAUUGAUUUCGAUGAGGUCAAUCAGAUUUGUGAGGAAUUUGAUCAAGGGUUCCCUCAGUUCAAGGUAACAUCUGAUUCCAGUGGUAACAAGGACAUGUGGGUGGAAAAGUAUACGCCGAGUUGCUUAGGGGAUGUAGCCGUUCAUAAGAAGAAGGUUGAAGAAGUUAAAUCAUGGUUUGAGGAGAAACUCAAAAGUAAUGCGGAUAAUUCAUUCAGUAAUGUGAUCCUAAUCUCUGGUCAAGCUGGAGUUGGAAAAUCUGCAACCAUCUAUGCUGUUGCAUGUCAUCUUGGAAUGGAAGUGUAUGAAUGGAGAACACCUACCCCCACGAUUUGGCAGGAACAUGUGCAUAAUUCCAAUUCAGGGAUCCAGUAUAUGUCAAAGUUGGAUGAGUUUGAAAGUUUUGUUGAACGAAUACGAAAAUAUGGAUUAGUUUCUGCAUCCUUAACCAGAGUAUCUCCAGCAUCUGUUGUACUGUUAAUUGAUGAUCUCCCUAUGGUGAAUGGAAAGGUCUCUUAUGGAAGACUUCAGAGGUGCUUGUAUCUUCUUCUGCAAUCUGUCCGCCUUCCAACAGCCAUAUUGAUCAAUGACUAUGGCCGGUCUGAAUCUGCAGAACAGCAUAGCCGGUAUUGGGAAGAGCUCCAGUCGUCUCUUCAAAAUGCAGGGGCUUAUAAGGUGACGUUUAACCCAAUCACUGCCAAUUCCAUCAAAAGAGCACUUACAAGAAUUUGCAGAUUGGAAAGGCUCAAAGUGAAUGAUGAAUAUAUUGAUUUUAUAGCAAAAUCCAGUGAAGGAGAUAUAAGAAGUGCUAUUACAUCUUUGCAGUACUUCUCGUUGAAACCACAUCCCCUUGAUACUUUAUCUGUUCUGAAUUCGGUCUCGACAUAUCCAGAAGAAAAACAGACUGAGACUAACAGGUUGGAUGAUAGAGUUCUUCUGCCAUUUGGGAAAGAUGCGACGCUGUCACUAUUUCAUGCGCUUGGAAAAUUUUUGCACAACAAGAGAGAAACUGGAAGUACAGUUCCAUCAGAUACAGAUGUGAUUCUUUUAAAGGAAAAAUUUUCCAGGUGUCCGAUCAAAAUGGAUGAUCCAGAGCUGGUACUUUGUCAAGCACAUGGGCAGGCACGGCUUGUUACUGAUUUUCUCCAUGAAAAUGUUUUAGAUUUUGUGAAUGAGGAAGCAAUCGAGGAUGCAUGGGUUGUAGGAGCAUACUUAAGCGACACCGACUUGCUUCUCACCCCAUCCAGUAAAACCUGGGAAGCUGAGAAUGUCUUACAAUCUGCUGCUGCUUCAGUUGCUGUUCGUGGAGUUUUAUUUGGGAAUACCAGUCCCCUAUCUUCUCGGUGGCAUGCAAUUCGCCGUCCUGUGCUCUGGCAGAUUGAUCAAUCUCUGAAGCACAAUAAGAAUCAAAUACUGAGUCGAAGGUUAGAUGAUACUACUAGUGCAAGUUUGUAUAGCCAUUCUACUUUAGCAACUGAAUUUAAUCCUGCACUCAAAUGGCUUGGACAUAGAGUUGCAGCAGACCAUCAAGCCCCAGAUGAAGUUAGCUUUGAUGAAGAUGAUUGCGAUGGUAUGAGUGUAGACGACGAGGUUGAUGAUGAUGAAAUAGAAGAGUGGUAGCUUUUGUUGCUUUACUGCAGCGUUCUAUUUUUAUGAAUUGUAAAUGAUGUAUAUAUAUAUCAGUUCUAAUUUAGGAGGUCUCUUUUCUUUUGUCAAAAUAUUACUUAAAACCUUCAUAUUGAGGAAUUGUUAACUAAACUGCUUUCAUCUUGGCAAUGGGUGAAAAAGUUUCAAAAUAGUUCAUUUAAGGAGGUUUCAUCU